AUGACGACGCCUGCCAUUCGGAUCCCCUUCACGGGACCAUUGCCCCCAGCCAUCAUAGUCCCUAGGGCUGCAACAACAAUCGCAGGAGCAAUUGAGGCUAUCAGCACUUUCCUCACUGCACCGCCGUCUUCAACUCUCCGCGGUGUCGAUGUGGGGAGACAUUCCCAGACGGUACUCCUGACUGGCGCAGGUAUCUCCGUCGCGUCUGGUCUGUCAGAUUAUCGAGGCGACCAAGGUACUUAUCGGCUAAACAAAUCAUAUCGUCCAAUUUACUAUCAUGAGUUCAUCUCCCACCAUGAGUCGCGCAAGCGGUAUUGGGCGCGCAGCUUCGUCGGAUGGCCCGGGCUCUUGAAAGCAAAGCCGAACUCGACUCAUAGCGCAAUUAAAGGUCUCGGUGAAAAAGGGUACAUCAGUUCCGUUGUGACACAGAAUGUCGACUCGUUCCAUUCCCUUGCGCAUCCGGAACUAUCUACCCUCGAACUACACGGAUACUUGCGAUCGGUCGUUUGCACGAGCUGUCAAAACCAACUUCCCCGCACUGACUUUCAAGCGUCGCUGGAGAGACUCAAUCCAGCUUGGGCCAAAUUUUUAGCUCGCAUGGUUGCAGAGGGUGCGUUCGAUGUCGAUAAUCCGGAGGAGCAACGGCGUAAAGGCUUGAAGCUCAACCCGGAUGGGGACGUUGAUCUCGCUGAAGCGCCAUAUUCUACUUUCCGGUAUCCUUCAUGUCCGACCUGCUUGGAGAACCCUCCCACGUUGAGCGAUGGCAAGAAGGCGACUAUAGAGGUAGAUAGCGACGGUGCAUUAUCGGUAACUUCAAAUGCCGGUAUUUUAAAGCCGGCAGUGAUCAUGUUUGGUGAAAAUAUCGACCCCUUGGUGAAGACAGCGGCUGAAGAAGCGAUUGAUGAUGCUGGGCGGCUACUCAUUUUGGGCACCAGCCUAGCGACUUUUUCGGCGUGGCGCCUCGUGGAACGAGCACACAAACGAGGCAUGCCUAUUGGUAUUGUCAAUGUUGGUGGCGUGAGGAAUGAGGCCCUUCUUUUUGGGAAUAUUGGACAUGAUUCCACUGCUCAUGUUCGGUGUAGCCAUCCAUCCCAGUUAGUCCUCCCGACCGUUGUAUCCCAACUCCCAAUCAAUCUAUAG